GCCUCACAUCACUGCAUGUCAGUUGAUAUCUGUGACGACCUUUGCAUCAACACGUAUGUCUCUGUCUAUUUCUACCCCUUUACUAUGUUAUCUCUAUUCAGGAUCAAAGUCCUUUUUCCAGGGAUAAAUGCCUCUUUCCAGUCCCCAUCACAUCAGCAAUCUGAACUCAACAGAUCUCCCAAAAUGUAUUUCAUCUGGACAACGGCAUCUGUUCUCCUCUUAGCUUUGGUUUGUGGAGCAGCAGUGGUGACCGAGAAUGGUUUUCCUAUUCAAUGGGAAAAAUCCCAGAGCGAACUUUCCCAGCUGCCUACAGAGGAUGGACAGAUUCAGGUGAAUCCAUGGGAUUACCUGCAGAGAAUGAGUUUAUACAAGGUGUUGAUUAACUCCACCAACCCAUACAUGAGCUCUUUGGGACCUGGAAUUACAGAGAAUCCAUUGUGGAGUCUUCCACUGCAACUGGGCUGGAAACUCAGAUCAGGCCGGUUGACAGACCCGACCCCCGGCAGUAUCAGCACAUGUGGACUGGAGAGUUCAGAGCCUGUAUGCAUCUCUCCUCACAGCUGGUAUGGAUGUAUAAACUACUACAUGUCUGUGUUACCGUUCCUGGCAGCGGUUCAGUCAGGUGUAGUUGGGCAGGAUGUCAAUCAGAUUCAUAUGAAAGGUCCAGCUGAUGCUCCUGAAGAUUACUGCUCCAGUUUCACUCAAUGCUCUACCACCCAUAACCAUGCUAUGAACACAUGGCAAACAUUCUUUCAGUCUCUGCGUCUCAUCCAUGAAUCUGAAGACACAGAUUUCAACAAGAAGGACAGAAUUUUGGGUUUGCUGUGGGCAGCCGAAGAGAAGACUUUACAAACCGUCUCUUCUGCAUGUAGCGAAAGAAAGAAGUUGUAUUCCUCUCCCGAGGUUCGGUUUGGACAGAACUGGCUCAGCUCUGCGGCGUAUGUAGCUGCCGCUCAUUUUCAUGGCAACAUUGAGAGAACAGAGAAGUUAAUGUCUCCGUUGCCCAGCCGUGUCCUUCAGGAGACCGACAGUCCUCCAAACAUUUCUGAUCUCAGCACUGAGGAAAAUCAUACGCUCUCUGUCUUAAACUGGAUAAACCGCAUCAAUCAAAUGCUUGGUGGAUCUCUCGUGUAUCUGUGGCGUAGGGCGAUGUGUUCGCCUCAGACUCGUGAGAAAGGUCAAAUCCUUCUCUACAAUCUCAUUCUCGACCCCAAGUUUGAAACUUCCAGUCUGAUAACGAUCCUGAGAGAGAUGUCAUCCAGCUGCUGAAAACAAACAUCAUAUCUGGAAAGAUCUUCUCAGGGAAAAUCAGGUCGAUAAUCCUGUAGUGUGCUCCCAGCUUCAUAAUAAACUGCAUUUGUUGAGAAGUUUGUGGGACUAACAACCCUACAUCCCAGAUGUAAACAUGAUGACCAGAGUAAACAUUGCUUGAAUUUAUUAGUACAUUUAUAACAAUUAAAGCUAAAUCAAACAUGACUGUUGUCUGGUACAUAUAAGUAAGCCAGGCAUAAUACACAAAACUAUGAAAUCGGUUUGUCCACUUAUGAUGACCUCAUUAAAACAUCAAGUCAACAUAUAAAAGUCAUGUAUGGUAUGCAUGUAUGGUCCUGUAGAUUUGAUGUAAUUAUAACCAUUAUGUUAAUCAUUCCAGGUAACUUAAACACCCUGACUUCAAUCCAAAUGCAGCUCAGAAUAGAAAUGAAUCUGAAUGAUCAUGCAGUGAAAUAAAACCUGAUUUUUAAAUACAGUAA